AUGAUACAUGAUGCAUUGCUAGUUUUAUGGGAUUGUUCCCGAACAACAAAUAUGACACAGCCUGAACCAGCUAACUAUACCAACGAAGGUGAUGUAGAAAUAUAUAAAAGGAUAUACUCGAUUGCUAAAAGUCAUCAUAGAAUCCAAAAUUUUAUUCUAGGCACUUCCUUUCAUGCUAGGAAAUCUCAGACAGCAUCAGGGCAUAGAUCAUAUGGAUUAUAUGGUCAAGCACUUAGUGAAGGUAUUACAGAAGUUUUAAAAUCAUACAAAAAAACUUUAAAGGAAGUACAAGAUCUUGUUAUAGGCAAUCAGAACUAUACAUUAGCCUUUGUGUAUAGUUAUGUCGAGAAAUUUCGUGGGUUAUUUAAUACAUUGAAUAAAAUAAUAAACACAAUUAAAGAAAGAAGAUUAAUAGGAUGCCAAAUUUUGAGUCUUGUCCAUCAAUAUGUUCUGAAUGGAAAUGAAAUGGUCCAUGAUUCUGUAAUACAAAUAUUUACCUGUUUGAAUACAGUUUUCAUUAAUCAACUUUGUACAUGGCUUUUGUAUGGUGAAUUAAGGGAUCCUUAUGAAGAAUUUUUUAUAUUGCAAAUGAAGAAAAAUGAUUCCUCUGAUACAUUUAUUUCUACACAAUCCUCUACAAACACUUGUGAUAAAGCACUUGUAUCAACUCUACAACAAACUCCACUUGACUGUGGAUACAAUCUUAAUCCAAACAUGAUACCAUACUUCAUACCACUUUCACUAGCUCAAGAGAUAUUGUUUGUUGGAAAAACUAUAAUUUUAUUUGGUUUUGACCCUAAAAAAGUAAAGAAAAACAAUAGCUUUAUGAUAAAUAGAUCAAUGCUGACUUUGCAGAAAUGUGAUGCUGAUUGUAGGAGAUUUACAAUAUGGGAAGAAAAAGAAGCAGAAUUUCAUGAAAUGUUGCAGAAACUUAAAGAUCCUGAAGUAUUUGAAGUUUACAAUCUGAGAAGUGUAGUAAGGGAAAUCAAAGAGUGUGUUACAAAGCAUUUAUGGACAGUAGCAGUGGAAGAAGCCCAGCUGUUACAUGAAUUACGUCUUAUGAAGGACUUUUAUUUGAUCGGGCGCGGGGAAUUGUUCUUAGAAUUAUUGCGACUGACUGCACCGAUGCUUGAUAAACCUACUACUAGGACUUCGACGAGAGAUAUGAACCACGCAUUCCAAUUAGCAGCUCGGGCAGUAUUUUUAAGCAAUAGUGCAGACAUAGAAAAGUUCACUUUCGAAUUGCCGUAUAUCAAGCCGAAUAUGUCUACGAAUUCGUCCAUCGAUAAUGAUAGCAGCGCUGUUGCAGAUGGUUGGUCCACAAUAAUUUUAAAGUAUGAUUUCAAAUGGCCAUUACACCUUCUCUUUGCGCCUGAAGUGCUGGCGCGGUACAACGACAUGUUUCGACUUUUACUGAGGAUAAAAAAAACACAGCACGACUUGCACGCUCUUUGGAAAACUUACAAACAAUCUACGAGGUUUUCCAUAUGCCAGUUACACAAUAAACUCAUGUUCCUAAUGGACAACCUUCAACAUUAUUUACAAGCUGACGUCUUAGAGACAAACUUCUCACGUCUCAUGGACGCAGUUAACAAAACCAAUGACUUUGAGAAACUAAAGAAAGCGCACGCAACAUUCCUCGCAGACACACUGAGCCAAUCCUUUUUGACUGUUACAUCUUGCAAUGACAGUGAUACAGGCGACACCCUAGACUCUCUAAGCAACCCUGUGUUCUGCAAUAUUAUGGAAUUGUUGAAGCUUUGUCACUCGUUCUGUACAAUUAGUGAGUUUGCUUCCGAUAAAGAGGCAGAAGACUACUAUUUAAGAGGAUAUUCUGAGAGGUUUAAUAAGCUAGUGAAGCAAUUAAUGCAGUUGCUGGUAUCUCUACGAGACCGCCCGUGCGGCGUGUACCUCGCGCGCCUGCUGAUGCGCCUGGACUACAACCGCUGGCUCAGCGGGGAAGCUCAGCUUACACAAUCUGUUACUAAUAUGCUCAGG